UAAUACUGGAAUAGGUAGUAUUCGACAUUUACACCAUUUUUCCAAAAGCUUGUACGUGCCGGGAAGCUUCUGCAAGCCUUCUGGGACGAUAUGAUGCAGUUGCAGCUCAGGGAAUUCUAGCAGACGACUGUGAAUGCUGGUCUGAUCUGUGUUCUCUCCUAAUCUUGAUUUUAGUUUUUAUGGAUUCCCUGAAAUGGAUUGGUUUCCAAAUCUUAAGAAAAAUGAAGGGAAGGAAGCCCAAACGUUAUGAAAACUCUGAUUCGGAAGAAAUUAGUCUUCCGGAGGAGUCUGUGGAGUAUGAUUUCAUCACUAUUCAGAAUGCGACAAAUAACUUCUCCAAGAAAAACAGGAUAGGAGAAGGAGGUUUUGGUGUUGUAUACAAGGGUACACUCAAAAACGGACAACAAGUUGCUGUGAAGAGGUUGUCUAAAAAUUUAAAGGGAGGUAGUCAAGAAUUUAAAAACGAGGUCUCUCUAAUGGUCAAGUUUCAACACAGGAAUUUGGUCAAGCUUCUUGGUUUUAGCUUGGAAGGGAAAGAAGUGUUUCUGGUAUAUGAAUUUGUUCCCAAUGGCAGCCUUGACAAUUUUUUAUAUGGUUCUGUAAAACAUAAACGUUUGGGUUGGGAGAGACGUUACAAAAUAAUAGAAUGUAUUGCCAGAGGGCUUGUCUAUCUGCACGAAGGCUCUCUUAUUCGCAUUAUUCAUUGCAAUCUCAAAGCUAGUAAUGUUUUACUGGAUGAAGAUUUGAACCCAAAGAUUGUGGACUUUGACAUGGCCAAGUUGUUUGCUUUAGACAAAAUUCACGACUCAACAAGCAGAAUCAUGAGAACCAGCAGAUAUAUAGCACCUGAGUAUACGUUGCAGGGUGAAAUUUCUAUUAAAACAGAUGUAUAUAGUUUUGGAAUGCUAAUUCUGGAAAUUAUAAGUGGACAUAGGAUUUCUAAUUUUCAAAAUGAAGAAUCUACAAAUGAUGAUGAGCUUUUAAGCUAUGCUUGGACACAUUGGAAAGGUGGGUCCGCUUCAAAUGUGAUAGAUCCAAUGUUGAGAGGUAUAAAAAGUCCAGUGGAUGAGAUAACAAAAUGCAUCCACAUUGCCUUGCUGUGUGUUCAAGAAAGUGUUGCAGAUAGACCAAAAAUGAUUGAAGUUCUUCAAAUGCUAAAUAAGUUAUCUAUAAGGCUUCCAGAACCCCUAGAGCCGGGACUUUUUAUUCGUGGCAGCAUCAGUUCAGAGGCUUCAAGCCAAUUUACUAAAAAUGUGAAGUCAAUUAGUGAUCAAUAUGACAGGAAAAUGCAGAAGAAGAAGGCCAAAAGCUAUGUGAAGACUGUGGAAGAAUCUAGCUCAAGUGUUGAAAUUAAUCCUGUGGAGUCUCAUCUAAAAUAUGAAUUGAUUACCAUACAAAACGCAACAAAUAACUUCUCUAAAGCAAACAAGUUAGGAGAAGGGGGAUAUUGGCCCAUAUACAAGGGAAAACUUGAAAAUGGACUAGAAGUUGCUGUGAGGAGGUUACCAAAAUAUGGUAAUUUAGAAUUUAAAAAUGAGGUGACUUUAAUAGCUAAGCUUCAACACAGGAAUUUGGUAAGGCUAUUUGGUUAUUGCCAAGAAGGAAGAGAAAUGAUUCUUGUCUAUGAAUUUCUUCCCAAUGGUGGCCUUGACGGAUUUUUAUUUGAUCCUAUAAAAUGUGGAUAUUUGAAUUGGGAGAGACGUUACAAAAUAAUAGAAGGCAUUGGCAAAGGGCUUGUUUAUUUGCAUGAAGACUCUCGUCUUCGCAUUGCUCAUCGUGAUGUCAAAGCUAGAAGCAUUUUGCUAGAUGCAGAUUUGAAUCCAAAGCUUGCAGACUUUGGCCUUGCCUGGUCCUUUGCUUUAGAUGAAACUGAAAGCUCUUCACCUACCGGAAUCGUGGGGACCUAUGGAUAUAUAGCACCGGAAUAUUAUCUCAACGGUGAAUUCUCUAUUAAAACAGACGUAUAUAGUUUUGGAGUGUUAGUCUUGGAAAUUAUAACUGGACAAAAUCGUAUGCAUGUACAAAAUGAAGGAACUACUACUAAUCUCCUUUCAAGUUAUGCUUGGAAACAAUGGACAAAUGGGUCUUCUUCAAAUCUAAUACAUCCAAUGUUGAGAGGUAUAUCAAGUCCAGUGAAUGAUAUAAUUAAAUGCAUCCAAAUUGCUUUGUUGUGUAUUCAAGUAGAGCCCGAAGACAGACCAACAAUGAGUGAAGUUGUUCAAAUGCUAAGCAACUUAUCUAUGAGUAUUCCAGUACCAUUAGCCCCGCCUGAACUAGCCCCGCCUGGACUUGAUGAUGAUUGCAGCACCGUCUGUUCAGAGGGUUCAAUCAAUGAGAUGUCAGUUAGUGAAGAUGAUGAGUAUCUCAGAUAGAUAGCUUCCUAAUUAAGUGAUACCAAACUCAUCAAUCCAAGCGCAUACACUAGCAUACUGCUGUUUCUUGCAAUUGCUUUUGGUUUUGUAUAGUUUUUGAAUACUGAUAUUUGUGUGAAAGGUCAUUCUACAUAGUUUUAUCCAGCCUCAUAAUUAUUGUUAUAAUAUUUUUAGUUUUGUUUCUAAA